AUGAGCCACAUCUACGGCAGCCACCUCUCCCCCAUGGGCAGCCCCUCCAUGGUUUAUCUCCCGGCCGCCCUGGGCUUCGCCCCCAGCAGCGCGAUCUCCCGGCAGGACCCCCCGCAGAAGCCCCCCUACAGCUACAUCGCCCUCAUCGCCAUGGCCAUCAAAGAAGCUCCGGAGCAGAAGGUGACCCUCAGCGGUAUCUACCAGUUCAUCAUGGACCGUUUCCCUUUUUAUCACGACAACAAGCAGGGCUGGCAGAACAGCAUCCGCCACAACCUCUCCCUCAACGACUGCUUCGUCAAGGUGCCUCGGGAGAAGGGACGGCCCGGCAAGGGCAGCUACUGGACCCUGGACCCCCGGUGCUUGGACAUGUUCGAGAAUGGCAACUACCGCCGGAGGAAGAGGAAGCCCAAAGCCCCGGGACCACCGGAGGCGAAGGGCGGCUCGUCCCCGGCAGACGGGGAGCAACCGGGGCCGCCAGCCCGCCCCGACGAGCCCAAGAGGGCCAAGGGGAACACGGCAGGGGACUCGGGCGAGGAGGGAGUCCCUAGGCCGGGCGGGGGGGAAGCGGGAUCCCCCGGGGGUCCUCUCCCGGCCCCCCCAGCGCCCCGGCCGCCCCCCGCCGCCGCCGCCCCUUCGCACAAGAGCGGCCCGAGGGGCCGCAGCUUCAGCAUCGAGAGCAUCCUCGCCCAGGGGCUGAGACAGCCACCCCCCGGGGCAGCCCCCAGGGCGGCCCGGGAGAGCCCGGUCGGUUGCCUCGGUGGCUCCUUGGUCGCCAGCGGCGGCUUCGGGCCGGCCCUUAAUGCCUCCCUCAUGCUGGAUUCCCAGGUGCACGGGAGGCUUUACCAAAUCGGCAUCCCCUUCCUCUCCUGCUUCCCUCUCCACUUCUCCGAGGCAGUAUUUAAUUUCCAGUAG